AUGGCAAAUGUCAGCAAGGCCAGCGUGUGGUGGGGCAGAAGAGGAGUUGGCAUGCUGCAGCUCUUUUGGAUUUUCAUAGAACUUCCUCCAUCCCUCCAGCAUCCUUCUCUCCCCCUCUCCCUGCCAGUCCACAUGUCGGUUGUCCCUCCUCCAUGGCAGUUCCUCCCUCUUUCCCAGGCAGAGCUGGGCCCUCUUUUCUCCAACUCCAGCCCCUUCUCCUUCUCCCAGAGCCUGUUUAUGGUGCCCCCACACCGCCAGGUCCCCAGAGUGGGCCUCCAGGCUUCAUUUGGCCCUUACUCAGUUACACAGCUAAUAUCAGAGCCUAUCUUCUCCACCUCUCCACUUCUCUCUGCCUCCCUCCUGUCAGAGCAUGUGGAGAGAGAGAAUGAUGAGAGAGGACAGAAGAGAUUCAGGGUGAGGAUUCUGUUCCACAAGCAGGGUGACACCAGCACCAGAGGAACCUGCAUCACCCUGCAUGCCUUCAAGGAGACAGAGGAGCACAAGGCCUCCUGUAUGACGCAGCCUCCCCUAGGGCUGUGUGUGGUAACUCUGACACUGCCCAGUGACUGGUUCAACCAAGCCAACCAGUCUUAUCAGGAUUUGGACACGCAGCACAGCAGUAUCCAUCUUCGUCGUCGGGUGCAGAAGCGGGAAUGGCAGCAGGGUAAACAUCAGCGUGGAUACCAGCGGGGCCCCAUGAAAAACCAGAUACAGCUUUACUAUUCUUCCUUCGAUACAGUGGCUGACCUAGAGCUGACACCAGAAGGAUGUGUGGCAGACCGAGUGGCACCAUCUCAGAGGCAACUCUUCCAUAUCAAAGCUGUGACUCUGAAGGAGGAGGAGCAGAAAGAAAGAGGGGAUAGCAGAACCAAAGAACAAGAAGCUUGUUUGAACGGGCAGGAAGAGGAAGAGCUCACUUUGGACUCCCAUGUUGUGAUUCGCUAUCACAGGGGCCUGGUCCUGAUAGGACAGCCAGUCAGGGUGUCUGUGAAUCUGAGAGCCAACUUCAGUGCUGAGUUUGUUGUCAUAAGGCUGAAAGUGAAGAAAGGCUUGGUGUCAAUGGUGGCCCAGAGAACUCUGACCUCUGACCUGUGGGGAGUAACCCUGGAAAAAAGCCAAGGCUCCAAACACGACGUGUUGUCCAUCUUCUGCCACAAACACAGCAUACUGAAACACACACACAAUCCCAGUCUCCUCCAGCAGGUGGUGUGUCUGUCAGUCGAUGGCCUGAAGCAGAGCUUCGGUGUUGCCAUGGCAGUGCCUGCUAACUGGUGGGUAGAGUACUCCGGAAGUAGUAACCCUUUAUCACCACACAAGACAGCAGUGAGCAUCUUCUCCUUUGCAGAUCGGCAUAUCUUUGGAAUUGCUCCCAUUACAGAGAGUAACACAAUCAUCAACACAGCUAUACUGACCAACCAGCCGGUUUCACUUCCUGUCAUUGUAUUGGCCAUAAGUCGUGAUGGGAAGGUGUCAGAUGUCACCUCUGCAGUCACAUGUCACUCUCUGAACGAGAACACUGUCAAGGUGUCCAGUGAUUGCUCUACUCUCUUUGUGGAUGGCAGCGAAUCAGGAUUGGGUAACACAUGUGCAAUGGUGGAGUUUCUACUGGGCACACUCCGUGGCUCUGUGUGCCUGCAGGUGUGGGCUCCUUCAGUGCCCUUGAGAGUGUCCUUGUCAGAUCCGGUUCUCAAUGCCAUUGAUGGUUGGAACCACUUCACAGAUAAAGGGUGUGUGCCAGUGUAUCAGCGCUCCUCAGUCCAGGUUCUGACUCAGUUCACAGCUCAGGACUCCCACAGCAGAACCACACACCUUCUGGGUUCUUCUGAUUGGUUUGUGGAUGUUACUGAGCUGGUCCUUGACUUGCUGAGAAUAGAAGACCCUCGAGUGGCUUCCAUUGGAACCCAGAACAACCUGAUUGGUUUACAACCAGGAAAGACAUCACUCCAUAUCAUCUCUAAGCAGUGGGAUGGUGUGCUGGGCAGAAGUGACAUCACUGUGACCUCUGACCCCGUCACCCCUGGGGAUCUGUCGGUGCAGGUCGUCAGUGGCCUUGGCAUGUCAGUCAUGGCAAGCCCUACACACCCUUCCAUCAUCACAGCAACAGUGACAGCCUACAACAUUCUCUACAACCAUCACCAGGAGGCAUCUAUCAGCGUCUGGCUCCAGUUCAGUGACGACACUGCCUCGCUCCUUUCCUCCUUCAGUGACCUUCCCUAUUUCUUGCGUCUCUCCUCAUUGGCUGAGACUGUGGUUGUGGUGACGCCCGGCCCCAGCCAACGCAUCUUCGCUCAGGGUGAUGGAGGUGGGCCUUUAUUGCGUACAGAACUUCUGGUCUCAACCUGUGCUGACCAGCCAAUCACCUCCAACUCCAUCAGUGAAGGCGAUAGGGACUGGAUAAACACUGGAGGUGGAGGAGGAGGAGGAGGAGGAGGAGGAGGGACCAGGAGGCUGGCAAGAGGAUCUGGUUGGAUAAGAGUCAACCUACACUUGGACUUCUUGCCGCCAGUAGGAGACAACAAUGAAGACGGCGAGGAGUUUGAGUUUGACGUUUCAGACACACUGGUUGAGUCAGAUAGUGACAUCUAUGUAUCAAACUUUGACAGCAAGGAAAGUGGGAAUGUAAGCAGUGAUUACUAUGGCAGAAUGGGUGAGAAGAUGACUAACAGAAACUGGAACGAGAUGGGGACUGGAGGGAUGGUCAGUCGGAACAAUCUGGAAAGAGCUGUGCUGAUGCCAAGCCAGGAGGAGGGUGCUGUGUACUUCUCCCCUAGCCAGGAGAAAAAGGAAGAGGGCAAGGAGGACGAGGAGGAAGGACAGGGAGCCCGAGAGCUAGAGGUCGGUGUGGGUGCUGUCCUCUCUCUGCUCUGUCUCUCUGCCGUCCUCUUCCUAGCAAACUGUCUGCCCUGUGCCCUGCGAGAUCAGAGGAGGACAAUGAAGGACGAGGAGAGAGAAGGGGAACCAGAGGGAGGUGCAAAGGAAGAUGAGGCUGUAGAAACGAUGAAGACAGAGAUAGUGGACUGGCAGGCAGAGCAGAAGAAGAAGGCAGAAAGUGAAGAAAAGAUUGAGCAGCAGCAGCAGGAGGGGAAGAAUAAGGAGUGUAUUACAGAAGUAGAAAUUAUUUGCUGAUACGCAGGUCAAGCUGAAUUUCUUACAAAAUCAGUACUCACUUUGACAGAAUAAUCACAAGGAAGAUGAAGCAGAGUCAUUAUUGUACCCUCACGCUAUCAACGUGUUUAGUUCAAUUAGACAAACCUUAGCAGGGCUGUCAUAGAUACUUUACAGUUUUUGAUUGCUCUACUCAAUAUUUGUUUGUUUCCCACAGUGAAAAUUAUGAUAUCACUUUUUUAGGGUUUAAUUGUUUGCAUUAUUUUUUGCCAUUACCCAAAUGGCACAGUGCUGUGUGAUGUGGCUGCUGUGCCAUUUAAUCUGUAAAUUUCUUGUCAUACUCUCAAAGUUAUAAAACAACAUACUAAUAUUUAAUUGGUUAAAAAUAUUAGAACUUUCUUGGAGCUAAGAAAUAUAUUCAGAGAAAUAUGUUCAAACUCAAGCGAAGCUUUUCUGUGAAGUGACAAAUCUGAUUAAAUUAUGCAUUCUGACAUCUCAGCAGUGCUUGUGGCAGCCAGUGAACCAUACAAUUGUAUUAUAUUGAAUAAUUAUUCUGUAAUUAGAAACAAUAUGUUUAACUCUAAAUAGAAUGUUUGGUUUUCAGAAUAUAUGUCAUUUUGUCAGUUGUGUGUUUCUGGUUCCUUAACAGUGUGUUUCAAAUAAAGUG